AUGGACAUGGAGGAUGACCCCUUGCUGCACGAUGUGUGGCUAGAGGGGCAGGAGGAAGAAGAAGCAACGGGUGAAGCCUUUCCAGGGGCCCAGAAACCAGGGCCUCAACUUGGGGCAGGAGGGCAGUGUUGCUGGCGGCACUGGCCCCUGCCUUCCCGGCCCCCAGCCUCAGGCUUCUGGAGUACCCUGGGCUGGGCCUUCACCAAUCCCUGCUGUGCUGGGCUGGUGCUCUUCCUGGGCUGCAGCAUUCCCAUGGCCCUGUCAGCCUUCAUGUUCCUUUACUACCCACCACUGGACAUUGACAUCUCCUACAACGCCUUUGAAAUCCGCAACCAUGAGGCCUCGCAGCGUUUUGACGCCCUCACCCUGGCGCUCAAGUCCCAGUUUGGAUCCUGGGGGCGGAACCGGCGUGACUUAGCCGACUUCACCUCCGAGACGCUUCAGCGCCUUAUCUCAGAGCAGCUGCAGCAGCUGCAUCUCGGCAACCGCUCGCGGCAAGCCUCCCGAGCCCCGCGUGUCAUCCCCGCGGCCUCACUCCGCGGCCCAGGCCUGUCCCGGGACACUUCAGCGGCCCAAAAGCCCACAGCCAAUCGGAGCGGGCGACUUCGGCGUGAGAUUCCGCCCCUGGAGGAUCUGGCAGCCAACCAGAGUGAAGACCCGCGAAACCAGCGGCUGAGCAAGAAUGGGUGGCACCCGCCCAGCAUCCCGCCCCCCGCGGCAGCUGCGGCCAAUCAGAGCCGUGCCCGCCGAGGCACCUCCCGCUGGGACUACUCGCAUGCAUAUGUGAGUGCUAACACCCAGACGCACGCGCACUGGCGCAUCGAGCUCAUCUUCCUGGCGCGGGGCGACGCAGAGCGCAACAUUUUCACCAGUGAGCGGCUGGUCACGAUCCAUGAGAUCGAGCGCAAGAUCAUGGACCACCCAGGCUUCCGGGAGUUCUGCUGGAAGCCCCACGAGGUGCUCAAGGACCUGCCACUGGGUUCCUACUCCUACUGCUCGCCUCCCAGCUCGCUCAUGACCUACUUUUUUCCCACUGAGAGGGGCGGCAAGAUCUACUAUGACGGCAUGGGCCAGGACCUGGCGGACAUCCGGGGCUCCCUGGAGCUGGCCAUGACUCACCCUGAGUUCUACUGGUAUGUGGAUGAGGGCCUCUCUGCAGACAAUCUGAAGAGCUCUCUCCUGCGCAGUGAGAUCCUGUUUGGAGCACCCCUGCCCAACUACUACUCAGUGGAUGACCGCUGGGAGGAACAACGGGCUAAGUUUCAGAGCUUCGUGGUCACCUACGUGGCCAUGCUGGCCAAGCAGUCUACCAGCAAAGUCCAGGUUCUCUAUGGGGGGACUGACCUGUUUGACUAUGAAGUGCGCAGGACGUUCAACAAUGACAUGCUCCUGGCCUUCAUCAGCAGCAGCUGCAUCGCUGCCCUGGUCUACGUCCUCACCUCCUGCUCAGUGUUCUUGUCCUUCUUCGGGAUUGCCAGCAUUGGUCUCAGCUGCCUGGUGGCCCUCUUCCUGUACCACGUGGUCUUUGGUAUCCAGUACUUGGGCAUCCUGAAUGGGGUGGCCGCCUUCGUGAUCGUGGGCAUUGGUGUGGACGACGUCUUUGUGUUCAUCAACACCUACCGCCAGGCCACCCACCUGGAAGACCCACAGCUGCGCAUGAUCCACACCGUCCAAACUGCAGGCAAGGCCACCUUCUUCACCUCCCUGACCACGGCAGCUGCCUACGCAGCUAACGUCUUCUCCCAGAUCCCAGCCGUCCACGACUUUGGCCUGUUCAUGUCUCUCAUCGUGUCCUGCUGCUGGCUGGCCGUGCUUGUCACCAUGCCUGCAGCCCUGGGCCUCUGGAGCCUCUACCUGGCACCGCUGGAGAGCUCCUGCCAGACCAGCUGCCACCAGAAUUGCGGCCGCAAGAGCUCCCUGCACUUCCCCGGAGACGUGUUUGCCGCUUCCGAGCAGGUUGGAGGCAGCCCCGCCCAGGGUCCCAUACCCUACCUGGACGAUGACAUCCCCUUGCUGGAGGUCGAGGAAGAGCCAGUGUCACUGGAGCUGGGAGACGUGUCCCUGGUGUCUGUGUCCCCCGAGGGUCUGCAGCCAGCCUCCAACACGGGCAGCCGCGGCCAGCUCAUUGUGCAGCUGCAGGAGCUGCUGCACCACUGGGUCCUGUGGUCAGCCGUCAAGAGCCGCUGGGUGAUUGUGGGGCUGUUCGUCUCCAUCCUCAUCCUGUCCCUGGUGUUCGCCAGCCGGCUCCGCCCCGCCAGUCGGGCCCCGCUCCUUUUCCGGCCUGAUACCAACAUCCAGGUGCUGCUGGACCUCAAGUAUAACCUGAGCGCCGAGGGCAUCUCCUGCAUCACCUGUUCAGGUCUGUUCCAGGAGAAGCCCCACAGCUUGCAGAACAACAUCCGGACGUCCCUGGAGAAGAAGAGGCGAGGCUCGGGGGUUCCCUGGGCCAGCCGGCCUGAGGCCACCCUGCAGGAUUUCCUGGGCACCGUGUACAUCUCUAAAGUGAAGAGUCAAGGCCACCCCGCUGUCUACAGGCUCUCCCUCAAUGCCAGCCUGCCUGCUCCUUGGCAGGCUAUGUCGCCUGGGGAUGGAGAGGUGCCCUCCUUCCAGGUGUAUAGAGCGCCUUUUGGUAACUUCACCAAGAAGCUGACCGCUUGUAUGUCUACAGUAGGGCUGCUCCAGGCGGCGAGCCCCUCCCGCAAGUGGAUGCUGACGACCUUGGCCUGUGAUGCCAAGCGGGGCUGGAAGUUUGACUUCAGCUUCUACGUGGCCACCAAGGAGCAACAGCACACCCGGAAGCUGUACUUCGCCCAGUCCCACAAGCCCCCCUUCCACGGGCGCGUGUGCAUGGCACCCCCUGGCUGCCUGCUCAGCUCCAGCCCCGAUGGGCCUACCAAAGGCUUCUUCUUCGUGCCUAGUGAGAAAGUGCCCAAGGCCCAUCUCUCGGCCACCUUCGGCUUCAACCCCUGCGUGAACACAGGCUGCGGGAAGCCAGCGGUGCGGCCACUGGUGGAUACUGGGGCCAUGGUCUUCGUGGUCUUUGGCAUUAUUGGCGUCAACCGCACUCGGCAGGUGGACAACCACGUCAUUGGAGACCCGGGCAGCGUUGUCUAUGACAGCAGCUUUGACCUCUUCAAGGAAAUUGGACACCUGUGUCGCCUCUGCAAGGCCAUCGCAGCCAACUCCGAGCUGGUGAAGCCAGGCGGGGCCCAGUGCCUGCCUUCAGGCUACAGCAUCUCCUCCUUCCUGCAGAUGUUGCACCCUGAGUGCAAGGAGCUGCCGGAGCCCAACCUGCUCCCGGGGCAGCUGUCCCACGGGGCUGUGGGCGUCAGGGAGGGCCGCGUGCAGUGGAUCUCCAUGGCUUUUGAGUCGACCACGUACAAGGGCAAAUCCUCCUUCCAGACCUACUCAGACUACCUGCGCUGGGAGAGCUUCCUCCAGCAGCAGCUGCAGGCCUUCCCCGAGGGCUCAGCCCUGCGCCGGGGCUUCCAGACCUGCGAGCACUGGAAGCAGAUCUUCAUGGAAAUCGUAGGGGUGCAGAGCGCCCUGUGCGGCCUGGUGCUAUCCCUGCUCAUCUGCGUGGCCGCGGUGGCCGUGUUCACCACCCACAUCCUGCUCCUGCUGCCCGUGCUCCUCAGCAUCUUGGGCAUCGUAUGCCUGGUGGUGACCAUCAUGUACUGGAGUGGCUGGGAGAUGGGCGCCGUGGAAGCCAUCUCGCUGUCCAUCCUCGUUGGCUCCUCCGUGGACUACUGCGUCCACCUGGUGGAGGGCUACCUGCUGGCUGGAGAGAACCUGCCCCCGCACCAGGCCGAGGACGCCCGAACGCAGCGCCAGUGGCGUACGCUGGAGGCUGUGCGGCACGUGGGCGUGGCCAUCGUCUCCAGUGCCCUCACCACGGUCAUUGCCACAGUGCCCCUCUUCUUCUGCAUCAUCGCCCCGUUUGCCAAGUUCGGCAAGAUUGUGGCACUCAACACAGGCGUGUCCAUCCUCUACACACUGACCGUCAGCACCGCCCUGCUGGGCAUUAUGGCGCCUGGCUCCUUCACCCGGACCCGGACUUCCUUCCUCAAGGCCCUGGGGGCCGUGCUGCUGGCGGGGGCCCUGGGGCUGGGUGCCUGCCUCGUGCUCCUGCGGAGCGGCUAUAAGAUUCCCCUGCCUGCAGGGGCCUCCCUAUAG